GACUCUUCUAGUCAUAAUUGUGAAGUUACUUUCUACAUCAAACUCUUUUCUGAUUUUAUGACAACAUAUCAGUCUUAGAAGCCAAACACAAAUUAAGCACUAUGCCUAUAAGAAUAUCCAAUAGACUAAUAAAGAAAAAGUUAUGGAGAAUUUUAGGUUUUAUUUCAAGUAUCAUUGGACUCAUUACAUAUGCAUUCAGCUCUUCUUUCAAUCAUCUUUUUGGAGAAUGGAACUCCUUCAAAAUCGUUGUUUACACGGUGGUAAGUUUCAUUAUCAGUAGCAUGAUGUUAUUUUUGAAAAGAUUGAAACUUUCAAGGAGGUUCUUGAUGAAAGCUCAUUUGGGUGUUCUUGUUUUGUUGCUAACAUCUUUGUACUCUUUUGUAUCUGAUAAUAAAGAUUUGAAUGGGAAACCAGACCUAUUGAGUCUGAUUUCGUGUGCAGCCUUUGCUUUAAUGUCUUUUUGCUUAUCAAGACAUAUCGAUCUUGGUUUUGAAUCUGAUCUCCUCAACUUCUUCCUUGGAAUUUUUACUCUUCAAUUGAUGAAAAUCAAUUUGAUGCUAUCUAUUGUUGCUGCAAUCUUCUGUUAUUUUCUUAUGGUUCUUCGUUCUAAUUGGGAUUCUCGCCGCGAAAUUAGAAAUUUGAGAGUGGAACAUGGUGGUGAUCUUCGUGAUGUAUCCAUAGACGUCGGUGUUUUAGAUAAUAGUAGCCAACAGAACCAGAACCAGUCUUCAAGAAGAAGGUUCAAUCAUGAUGAUGGGUAUAAUUGGAGAAAAUAUGAAGAUAAAUUAGGAAAAGGAAAUGAAAACCAGAGAAGCUAUUAUAAAUGUAUUUGGCCUAAUUGUGGUGUGAAGAAAAAAGUCGAGAGAACAAUCGAUGGAGAUAUAAUUAAGACACUAUACAAAGGUACGCAUAAUCAUUGCUGGCCUACUGCUAUAAGGAAGAGGAACUCAUCAUCAGAAUAUCUUUAUUCACUUUUGCCUUCAGAUACUCGCCCCAUUGACUUGCGAGAUCAAUCAUUUCACAGAGAAGAUGUGGAUUUUGAUGCAGAACAUGAAAGCUCGUCACUGUCAAUAUGAAAUGUU